AUGAUGGCCGAUCACUUAGACGAACCGCCCCAGAAGCGGGUCAAAAUGGAUCCAACGGACAUCUCCUACUUUCUGGAGGAGAAUCUGCCUGACGAGCUGGUGUCCUCGAACAGCGGCUGGUCGGAUCAGCUGACCGGCGGAGCAGGCGGCGGCAAUGGAGGCGGCGGCGCCUCCGGCGUGACCACAAACUCCACAUCCGGACCAAAUCCCGGCGGGGGACCCAAUAAGCCGGCUGCCCAGGGACCAGGAGGACCUGGUUCCGGACCCGGCGGCGUUGGCGUCGGCGUCAAUGUGGGCGUCGGCGGUGUUGUCGGCGUCGGCGUUGUGCCUUCCCAGAUGAACGGAGCCGGCGGCGGCAACGGAUCCGGCACAGGCGGCGACGACGGCAGUGGCAACGGUUCCGGUGCGGGCAACAGGAUCAGCCAAAUGCAACACCAGCAGCUGCACCACCUGCUACAGCAGCAACAGCAGGGCCAGAAGGGCGCCAUGGUGGUGCCCGGGAUGCAGCAGCUGGGCAGCAAGUCGCCCAAUCUCCAGUCGCCCAACCAGGCCGGCAUGCAGCAGGUGGUGGGCACCCAGAUGAGUAUGGUCAACUCGAUGCCCAUGUCGAUAUCGAAUAAUGGCAACAAUGGCAUGAAUGCCAUACCAGGCAUGAACACCAUUGCCCAGGGCAAUUUGGGAAACAUGGUGCUGACAAACAGCGUGGGCGGCGGCAUGGGCGGCAUGGUCAAUCAUCUGAAGCAGCAGCCAGGCGGCGGCGGCGGCGGCAUGAUCAAUGCCGUCUCCGUACCAGGUGGACCCGGAGCGGGACCUGGUGGUGUUGGCGCUGGCGGCGGCGGAGCAGUUACCCCCAACCAGGGCAUGCACAUGCAGAAUGGCCCCAUGAUGGGCCGGAUGGUGGGGCAACAGCAUAUGCUCCGUGGCCCCCAUCUCAUGGGCGCUGCGGGUGGAGCCGGCGGACCAGGCAAUGGACCAGGUGGCGGAGGACCACGCAUGCAGAAUCCCAAUAUGCAAAUGGGUGAGUGUUUUCCCCUUACCCGGAUUGUAAAGGAAUCGUUGACUAAGUAUCUUGGUUUUUAUGCGCUCGCAGGUCAACUCAACAGUCUGCCUUAUGGAGUGGGUCAGUAUGGAGGCCCUGGCGGUGGCAACAAUCCCCAGCAGCAACAGCAGCAGCAACUUCUCGCCCAGCAGAUGGCCCAAAGAGGAGGAGUUGUGCCUGGAAUGCCACAGGGUAACCGACCCGUCGGCACUGUGGUGCCCAUGUCCACACUCGGAGGCGAUGGAUCCGUGCCCGCUGGUCAGUUGGUCAGUGGGAAUCCACAGCAGCAGCAGCAGAUGCUGGCGCAGCAGCAAUCCGGAGCCAUGGGCCCGCGUCCUCCGCAACCCAACCAACUGCUAGGUCAUCCAGGGCAGCAGCAGCAGCAACCAGGAACCUCGCAGCAGCAACAGCAACAGCAGCAGGGAGUGGGACUGGGAGGAGCUGGUGUUGUGGCCAAUGCGGGAGCAGUUGCUGGCGUGCCGGCAGUGGCAGGCGGUGGAGCUGGAGGCGCCGUGCAAGCGAGUGGCCCCGGUGGCGCCAAUCGCGAUGUGCCCGACGAUCGGAAGCGACAGAUCCAGCAGCAGCUGAUGCUUCUGCUCCAUGCCCACAAGUGCAACCGCAGGGAGAACCUCAACCCGAACAGAGAGGUGUGCAACGUCAACUACUGCAAGGCGAUGAAAUCCGUGCUGGCCCACAUGGGCACCUGCAAGCAGAGCAAGGACUGCACCAUGCAGCAUUGCGCCUCCUCGCGCCAGAUUCUGCUGCACUACAAGACGUGCACGAACAGUGGCUGCAUCAUUUGCUAUCCCUUUCGGCAGAAUCAUUCGGUUUUUCCAAACGCGAGUGUUCCACCUGGUGGCGGCCCGGCUGGAAUAGCAGGUGCACCACCAGGAGCCGGCGGAGCGGCUGGUGGAGCAGCCGGAGCAGGCGGUAAUCUUCAGCAGCAGCAGCAGCAACAACAGCAGCAGCAACAGAACCAACAGCCCAAUCUCACCGGUCUGGUGGUGGACGGCAAGCAAGGACAGCAGGUGGCACCGGGAGGUGGUCAGAACACUGCCAUAGUUCUUCCCCAACAGCAGGGAGCGGGCGGAGCACCGGGUGCGCCCAAAACGCCAGCCGACAUGGUCCAACAGUUGACCCAACAGCAGCAGCAGCAGCAACAGCAGGUGCACCAGCAGCAGGUCCAGCAGCAGGAGCUCCGUCGCUUCGAUGGCAUGGGCCAGGUCGGCUUAUCGCCCGUACCAGCCGGUGGAAUGCAGCAGCAGCAGCAGCAAGGAUUGCCUCCUGUGAUUCGCAUGCAAGGCGCUCAGCCGGCAGCCAGGGUCCUCGGACCCGGUGGUCCCGGCGGUCCAAGUGGACCAAAUGUCCUGCCAAACGACGUGAACAGCCUGCAUCAACAACAGCAACAAAUGCUUCAACAGCAGCAGCAGGGCCAGAACCGACGACGCGGUGGCCUGGCCACUAUGGUGGAGCAACAGCAGCAGCAGCAACCCAAUCCCGCCCAGCUGGGUGGCAACAUUCCAGCACCACUCUCUGUCAACGUCGGUGGCUUUGGCAAUGCCAAUUUCGUUGGUGCCGCAGCUGGCGGAGCCGUUGGAGCCAAUGACAAGCAGCAGCUGAAGGUGGCCCAAGUGCAUCCGCAGAGCCAUGUGGUUGGCGGAGCGGGCGGAGCAGCGGCGGGUGCUGGAGCGAGCGGUGGCCAAGUGGCAGCCGGUUCCAGUGUCCUGAUGCCGGCCGAUACCACGGGCAGUGGCAACGCGGGCAAUCCCAACCAGAACGCUGGAGGCGGCGGAACCGGAACUGCCGGCGGCGGUGGCAAUGGCGGCAACACUGGAGCUCCGGGCGACAACGAGAAGGACUGGCGGGAAUCGGUGACCGCCGAUCUGCGCAACCAUCUCGUCCACAAACUGGUGCAGGCCAUCUUCCCCACCUCGGAUCCCACCACCAUGCAGGACAAGCGGAUGCACAAUCUCGUCUCGUAUGCGGAGAAGGUCGAGAAGGACAUGUACGAGAUGGCCAAGUCCAGGUCCGAGUACUAUCACCUGCUGGCCGAGAAGAUAUACAAGAUCCAGAAGGAGCUGGAGGAGAAGCGACUGAAGCGCAAGGAGCAGCACCAGCAGAUGUUGAUGCAGCACCAGGGCGUUGCGAAUCCGGCGGCAGGAGGAGCAGGAGGCGCAGCUGGCGGAGCGGGCAGUGCAGCUGGCGGUGCUGGCGGAGUAGUUCUUCCCCAGCAGCAGCAACAACAGCAGCAGGGUCAGCCAGGUCAGCAGCAGCAGCAGCCUCUGCAGGGCUGCAUUCAUCCCAGCAUCAGUCCCAUGGGCGGUGUGAUGCCGCCGCAGCAGUUGCGUCCACAGGGCCCACCGGGAAUACUGGGUCAGCAGGCGGGUGCAGCUCUCGGCGUCGGUGGUGUGGGUGUCACCAACAACAUGGUGACCAUGCGCAGUCACUCGCCCGGCGGCAACAUGCUCGCCUUGCAGCAGCAGCAGCGCAUGCAGUUCCCGCAGCAACAACAACAGCAGCAGCAACCGCCCGGCUCUGGAGCCGGUAAAAUGUUGGUCGGUCCACCCGGACCCAGUCCCGGUGGCAUGGUGGUCAAUCCGGCGCUAUCGCCCUACCAGACGACCAAUGUGCUCACCAGUCCGGUGCCGGGACAGCAGCAACAGCAGCAGUUCAUCAAUGCGAACGGCGGCACAGGCGCCAAUCCUCAGCUGAGCGAGAUCAUGAAGCAGCGACACAUCCACCAGCAGCAACAACAGGCGCAACAACAACAGGCGCAGCAGCAGGGAAUGUUGCUGCCGCAAUCGCCCUUCAGCAAUGCCACGCCCCUGCAACAGCAGCAACAGGCGACCAGCAACAGCUUUAGCUCGCCAAUGCAGCAGCAACAACAGCAGCAGCAACAAGGUCAGCAGCAGCAACAACAAAAGCCCGGCAGUGUGCUUAACAACAUGCCGCCCACGCCCACGAGUCUGGAGGCUCUCAAUGCGGGGGCUGGAGCGCCCGGAACGGGUGGUUCCGCCUCCAAUGUGACGGUUUCAGCUCCGAGCCCAUCGCCUGGCUUCCUGUCCAAUGGCCCCUCGAUCGGCACGCCCUCCAACAACAACAAUAGCAGCAGUGCUAACAACAACCCGCCCUCGGUGAGCAGUCUCAUGCAACAGCCGCUGAGCAAUCGGCCGGGUACGCCUCCCUACAUACCCGCCUCCCCAGUGCCGGCGACCAGUGCCUCCGGAUUGGCGGCGAGCAGUACGCCCGCCUCGGCAGCAGCCACCUGUGCGAGUAGCGGCAGUGGCAGCAACAGCAGCAGCAGUGGAGGAGCCACUGCGGCGGGUGCCAGCUCCACGUCAUCAUCAUCUUCCUCGGCGGGCUCGGGUACACCGCUCAGCUCUGUGUCCACUCCCACCUCGGCCACGAUGGCCACCAGCAGUGGUGGUGGUGGUGGCGGAGGAGGAGCAGGUGGAUCAUCUACCACACCCGCUAGCAAUCCACUGCUCCUCAUGUCUGGAGGAACGGCCGGAGGUGGAGCGGGAGCGACGACGACCACUUCGACGUCGUCGAGCAGUCGCAUGAUGAGCAGCUCCAGCAGUCUAUCCUCCCAGAUGGCCGCCCUGGAGGCUGCGGCGCGGGACAACGACGACGAGACACCCUCGCCAUCUGGCGAAAAUACCAACGGCAGUGGCGGUAGUGGAAAUGCUGGCGGUAUGGCCUCCAAGGGCAAGCUGGACUCCAUCAAACAGGAUGACGAUAUCAAGAAGGAGUUCAUGGACGACAGCUGUGGCGGGAACAACGACAGCUCACAGAUGGACUGCUCGACGGGCGGUGGCAAGGGAAAGAAUGUGAAUAACGACGGCACCAGCAUGAUCAAAAUGGAGAUCAAAACGGAGGAUGGUCUCGAUGGCGAGGUGAAGAUUAAAACCGAGGCCAUGGAUGUGGACGAAGCUGGAGGUUCGACGGCGGGAGACCAUCAUGGUGAAGGUGGUAGCGGUGUUGGCGGCGGCAAGGACAACAUCAAUGGCGCCCACGAUGGUGGAGCGGCAGGCGGUGCAGUGGAUAUAAAGCCCAAAACGGAUACAAAACCACUCGUACCGGAGCCACUGGCCCCCAAUGCGGGUGACAAGAAGAAGAAAUGCCAAUUCAAUCCCGAAGAGCUGCGCACCGCUUUGCUACCAACGCUGGAGAAGCUUUACAGGCAGGAGCCCGAAUCCGUGCCCUUUCGCUAUCCCGUCGAUCCCCAGGCCCUGGGCAUUCCCGACUACUUUGAGAUCGUCAAGAAGCCCAUGGAUCUGGGCACCAUACGCACCAACAUCCAGAACGGCAAGUACAGUGAUCCCUGGGAGUAUGUGGACGAUGUUUGGCUGAUGUUCGACAAUGCCUGGCUGUAUAACCGCAAGACAUCGCGGGUCUAUCGUUAUUGCACAAAGCUUUCCGAAGUCUUUGAGGCAGAGAUCGAUCCUGUAAUGCAAGCCCUCGGUUAUUGCUGCGGCAGGAAGUACACGUUCAAUCCACAGGUGCUCUGCUGCUACGGCAAGCAGCUGUGCACGAUUCCGCGGGAUGCGAAGUACUACAGCUACCAGAACAGUCUAAAGGAAUACGGUGUCGCCUCAAAUAGAUACACCUACUGCCAAAAGUGCUUUAACGACAUCCAGGGCGAUACGGUCACACUGGGCGACGAUCCUCUGCAAUCGCAAACCCAAAUCAAGAAGGACCAGUUCAAGGAGAUGAAGAACGAUCACCUGGAGCUGGAGCCGUUCGUCGAUUGCCAGGAGUGCGGGCGCAAGCAGCACCAGAUCUGUGUGCUCUGGCUGGAUUCGAUUUGGCCCGGCGGCUUUGUGUGCGACAACUGCCUGAAAAAGAAGAACUCGAAGCGGAAGGAGAACAAGUUCAACGCGAAACGCCUGCCCACCACCAAGCUGGGCGUGUACAUAGAGACCCGGGUGAACAACUUCCUGAAGAAGAAGGAGGCGGGCGCCGGCGAGGUGCACAUCCGUGUGGUCAGCUCGUCGGACAAGUGCGUGGAGGUGAAGCCCGGCAUGCGGCGACGAUUCGUCGAGCAGGGCGAGAUGAUGAACGAGUUCCCGUAUCGGGCCAAGGCCCUCUUUGCCUUCGAGGAGGUGGACGGCAUCGAUGUCUGCUUCUUUGGCAUGCACGUCCAGGAGUACGGCUCGGAGUGCCCGGCGCCGAAUACUCGGCGUGUUUACAUCGCCUACCUGGACUCCGUUCAUUUCUUCCGGCCACGACAAUACCGUACGGCGGUAUAUCACGAGAUCCUGCUGGGCUACAUGGACUAUGUGAAGCAGCUGGGCUACACCAUGGCCCACAUCUGGGCCUGCCCGCCCUCGGAGGGCGACGACUACAUCUUCCACUGCCAUCCAACGGACCAGAAGAUUCCGAAACCCAAGCGCCUGCAGGAGUGGUACAAGAAGAUGCUCGACAAGGGCAUGAUCGAACGCAUCAUACAGGACUACAAGGACAUCCUGAAGCAGGCGAUGGAGGACAAGCUGGGCUCCGCCGCCGAGCUGCCCUACUUUGAGGGCGACUUCUGGCCCAAUGUGCUGGAGGAGAGCAUCAAGGAGCUGGACCAGGAGGAGGAGGAGAAGCGCAAGCAGGCCGAGGCCGCCGAGGCAGCGGCUGCAGCGAAUCUUUUCUCCAUCGAGGAGAACGAGGUCAGCGGCGAUGGCAAGAAAAAGGGCCAGAAGAAGGCCAAGAAAUCGAACAAAUCGAAGGCGGCGCAGCGUAAGAACAGCAAAAAGUCCAAUGAGCACCAAUCGGGCAACGAUCUCUCCGCCAAAAUCUAUGCGACCAUGGAGAAGCACAAGGAGGUCUUCUUUGUGAUCCGUCUGCACUCCGCUCAGUCAGCAGCGAGCUUAGCGCCCAUCCAGGAUCCCGAUCCGCUGCUCACAUGCGACCUGAUGGACGGACGCGAUGCCUUCCUGACCCUCGCCCGCGACAAGCACUUUGAGUUCUCAUCGCUGCGGCGCGCCCAGUUCUCGACGCUGUCCAUGUUGUACGAGCUGCAUAACCAGGGCCAGGAUAAGUUCGUUUACACCUGCAACAACUGCAAGACGGCGGUGGAGACUAGAUUCCACUGCACCGUCUGUGAUGACUUCGAUCUGUGCAUCGUCUGCAAGGAGAAGGUCGGCCAUCCGCACAAAAUGGAGAAGCUCGGCUUCGACAUCGACGACGGCUCUGCGCCGGCGGAUCACAAGCAGGCCAAUCCGCAGGAGGCCCGCAAGCAGUCAAUCCAGCGGUGCAUCCAAUCCCUGGUGCACGCCUGCCAGUGUCGCGACGCCAACUGCCGUCUGCCCUCGUGCCAGAAGAUGAAGCGCGUCGUCCAGCACACGAAGAACUGCAAGCGCAAGACCAACGGAGGCUGCCCCAUUUGCAAGCAGCUCAUCGCCCUCUGCUGCUACCAUGCCAAGCACUGUCAGGAGCAGAAGUGCCCUGUGCCCUUCUGUCCCAACAUCAAGCACAAGCUCAAGCAGCAGCAGCUCCAGCAGAAACUCCAACAGCAACAGCUGCUGCGUCGCCGUGUGGCGCUCAUGUCCCGGACAGCAGCUCCGGCUGCCCUGCCCGGUCCCGCUACCGUCAGCGGUCCGGCCGUGGUCGCUGGCGGAGUGCCCGUGGUGGGGAUGUCCGGCGUGGCGGUUAGCCAGCAGGUGAUACCCGGCCAGGCGGGCAUAUUGCCACCGGGAGCGGGUGGCAUGUCGCCGUCCACAGUUGCAGUGCCGUCGCCCGUUUCGGGCGCCGGCGGAGCCGGUGGCAUGGGUGGCAUGACCUCACCACAUCCACAUCAGCCGGGCAUUGGUAUGAAACCAGGUGGCGGUCACUCACCGUCGCCGAAUGUCCUGCAGGUGGUGAAACAAGUCCAGGAGGAGGCGGCCCGUCAGCAGGUCUCGCAUGGCGGUAACUUCGGCAAGGGUGUGCCCAUGGCGCCGCCCCAGAUGAAUCGACCGAUGGGAGGCGCCGGACCCAAUCCGAAUGUUGUCAAUCAGCUGGGCGGCAUGGGUGUCGGCGUUGGUGGAGUUGGUGGCGUCGGUGUCGGCGGCGUUGGCGGAGUGGGCGUUGGCCAAUUAAGCGCGGGCGGCGGUGGCAAUCCACCCGGGGGCCCCGGUGUUCCCGGCUCUGGUAACUGCGGCAUGGCCGUGAACCACCUGCUGUCCAUGGAUCAGUGGGGCGGUGGCGGUGCCGGCGGCGGAGGAGCAAAUCCGGGCGGCGGUAAUCCCCAGGCGCGCUAUGCCAACAAUGCCAGCGGCAUGCGCCAGCCCUCGCAGCUGAUGCAGACGAAUCUGAUACCGCCGCAGCAGCAGCAACAGAUGAUGGGCGGCCUGGGCGGACCCAAUCAGCUGGGUGGUGGCCAAAUGGCCGUCGGCGGUCAGCACGGAGGCAUGGGCAUGGGAAUGGGAGCACCGCCAAUGGCCGGAACUGUGGGCGGCGUGCGUCCACCACCCGGAGCCGGCGGUGGCGGAGGAAGUGCCACUGGCGGCGGCCUUAAUACCCAGCAACUCGCCCAGAUCAUGCAGAAGAUCAAGAACAAUCCCACCAACGAGAGCAACCAGCACAUUCUCACCAUCCUGAAGCAAAAUCCCCAGAUCAUGGCGGCGAUCAUCAAGCAGCGCCAGCAGAGCCACCAGUCGCAGAUCAAUGCGGCGGCAGGCGGAGGAGCACCCGGCCCCGGCGGUGGAGCUCUGCAGCAGCAGCAGGCGGGCAACGGGCCGCAGAAUCCCCAGCAGCAGCAGCAACAACAACAGCAGCAACAGCAGCAGCAGCAACAGGUGAUGCAGCAGCAGCAGAUGCAGCACAUGAUGAACCAGCAGCAGGGCGGCGGCGGUCCACAGCAGAUGAAUCCCAACCAGCAGCAGCAGCAGGUCAAUCUCAUGCAGCAGCAAGGUGGGCCGGGAGGACCCGGCACUGGACAACCGCAUCGCAUGCCCAACAUGCAGAACGCAGCCAUGAUGCUGCAGAGCCUGCCGCCCAACAUGUCGCCCGGCGUCUCCACGCAGGGAGGAAUGGUGCCCAACCAGAACUGGAACAAGAUGCGCUACAUGCAGAUGAACCAGUACCCGCCACCGUAUCCGCAGCGCCAGCGUGGUCCGCACAUGGGCGGAGCGGGACCCGGUCCCGGUCAGCAGCAGUUCCCCGGCGGCGGCGGCGGCGGAGCGGGUAACUUCAAUGCGGGCGGAGCUGGCGGCGCUGGCGGCGUCGUGGGAGUGGGCGGAGUGCCUGGAGGAGCAGGAGCCGUGCCCGGCGGCGAUCAGUACUCGAUGGCCAAUGCGGCGGCGGCAUCCAAUAUGCUGCAGCAGCAGCAGGGCCAGGUGGGCGUCGGAGUUGGUGUCGGAGUGGGCGUGGGCGUGAAGCCAGGACCCGGACAACAGCAACAGCAGAUGGGCGUCGGGAUGCCGCCGGGAAUGCAGCAGCAGCAGCAGCAACAACAACAGCAGCAGCAGCAGCAACAACAACAACCGCUGCAGCAGCAGCAGAUGAUGCAGGUGGCCAUGCCGAAUGCGAAUGCCCAGAAUCCGUCGGCGGUGGUCGGAGGACCCAAUGCCCAGGUGAUGGGUCCACCGACGCCGCACUCGCUGCAGCAGCAGCUGAUGCAAUCGGCCCGCUCCUCGCCGCCCAUCCGUUCGCCGCAGCCAACGCCAUCGCCACGAUCGGCGCCAUCGCCACGUGCUGCUCCAUCCGCCUCGCCACGGGCCCAGCCCUCGCCGCACCAUGUGAUGAGCCAUUCGCCGGCGCCGCAGGGACCACCGCACGACGGAAUGCACAAUCACGGCAUGCACCAUCAGUCGCCGCUGCCAGGAGUGCCCCAGGAUGUGGGCGUGGGCGUCGGCGUUGGCGUCAAUGUCGGCGUGGGCAAUGUCGGAGUGGGCAAUGCGGGUGGCGCCCUGCCCGACGCCUCCGACCAGCUGACCAAGUUUGUGGAGCGGCUCUAGUGCAGCAGCAACAGCAGCGGCAGCACCAGCAGCAGCUACAAUGGAUGGUAGCCGUGGCCCAGGGGCUAGAGACUGAUUGUAUCACCAACCAGACGACGACGACGACGACGACGAGGAUCCACAUCAGCAUCAUCGUCAU